GCUCCAAAGCCCCACUCGCUCGUCCGCCGUCGUGCCGUACGGUUCGUGUCGUGGCUUGUACGUGUUCUACGCGUCGCGCGGUGUGCUCUCGCGUCCGAACGCGUCUUACACACCGGUCCACGGCCUAACGUUUGACAGCGGAGUAUCUAACGAUCGACGUUUCGAGCGACGAGUUGCGCGAGAUUCGUGACAUCGCGAAAACGCGAAUCCAUCCGUGUUACCGCAUCGUGUUACGGUAUCUCUGUGCUCCGAUUCAUAUUGUACCCCGGCCGUGGAGGACUAAACGCGGAAGAUUUCGACCGGAAGGACAGUGUACCCAUGCUAGGACAGGAAGACAUCAGGAAGACAUCGUCGUCCGUUCAUAGGAGGAUCUUUGGCGCCCCGUUGGCCGAGUUGGCUGAACUACGACCCGGAGAGACGUCAAGGUGCACCGUGGCUGGUGCGUCUACUGGAGAGUCGUUAGGUGCUGUGUUCGCGAUACGAAGCGGAGCUUAAGAUCAAUAGUCGAGCGUGGAAGACGCGGGCUUUCGAACGAAAGUUUCGUGUUCUCUAUAUUCACAGAGGUUUUUCGCGGUGACAGAACGUCCUCGUUGGAAGGAUCGUGAUAUCGAGGAGGAUCGGGAGGAGCAGUGCGUUGACACCUGUCCGCUCCACUCCACCGGACCACUCCAUAGUUUCUACGCGUUAAUCUACGCUACGGUUUCGAACGUUCGUUUUGUGAAUCAACGGCGACAAGCAUCUCUGUGAUCUCUCUAAGAAUCGUGUCGUUGAAAGAAAAAAAAAAAAACGAAAAUUCGAAAAGUGAAUCGUUCUUUGAUCUUGACGACGUUGUGCAGAAAGUGUUAUUGUUUGUUGUCUGUUCGCGACUACUGUUUGCGGCACGAAGGAAUAUUACCUUUGACCGAGAACACAGCCUACGCAUGCCGUGGAUCGAGGUCCUGACUCUACCUUUCUUAUCCCCCAUAUGCAAGUACCAACGAAUUUUUCGACUGCUGCAUGUGACUUAGAUGGCUGGGAUCUAGGGAUUCGCAAGUACUGAGUCGACUGGUCUCGAGGGUAUCAGCAGAGAACCGGAAGAAGAGAGCCGGUUCUGGCAGUGGCGCUCCCCAAUAAGCUUCCAGUUAGAUAGGCCACGAGCUUUUGUUUUUUCGUCGUGGGAAGCUGUUGGUGGGCUCGUCGGGCCCACCCUCUCAUCGGUCAAGCUGGCGAGCGCUCUAACCGCUGGUAUGAACCCCCACCACCCGGGCCACUCCGCAGCCUACCCGCAUCAUCCCUCGCUCUCGAGCAGUCCUCAUCACUCUGGGCCCCAUCAUGGCUACAGCACCGGUGGGGGAGGCGGUGGGGGCGGUGGCGGCGGCACCACCACCACCCCUGACCUGCCAAGCCCCCACUCGCCCCCUCACGGCCCCGCCAUCGACCCAGCAACCCCUUACGGCUCCCUUCAGCCUGGCCAGGGUAUGGGCAGCAAUGGGCAUCAUCACGGCGCUGCUGGAAUGAUGGCCGAUCAUCCACAUCACCCAGGCCACCCUCACCCCCACUUACCAAGCCAUCCAGCUUAUCCACCCGUUAAUCACAACAACAACUGUACGCUUAAGCAAGAAGGAGGCCCAAGCGGACCAACGGGGAUCCAGCAGUGCGCCGGUUGCGGCGGUCAAAUAGUAGAAAGAUGGCUGUUGCUCGCAAUGGAUCGGUAUUGGCACAACGGUUGCCUCAAGUGCUCGUACUGUGGCGCGGCAUUGGCGGAAAUCGGCCACUCGUGCUACACCAGGAGCGGCAUGAUCCUCUGCAAAAGCGACUACAGAAGAAUGUUUGGAAGUAGUGGUGCUUGUGCAGGUUGCGGCAACGCGAUACCUGCCACCGAGCUGGUAAUGAGGGCGGGUGGAUCGGUAUUUCAUCAGAAAUGCUUCACCUGUAGCAAAUGCGGAAAUCAACUGGUUUCCGGCGAUAGGUACUACUUGCUAUCGGGGUCACCGGUGUGCGAGACGGAUUGGCACAAAAUCGUGAAAUCGUCGAGCGUCGCGGCCGCGGCCGCCGCGGCAGCGGCCGGAAACGGGGGUGCACCCGUAAGAAAAGGUAAGCCUACGCCCGCCGUCGUCCCGUCCCAGGUCGACGUCGUGGACGUGGCCGUCGGAGGGGAUCCCUAUUCGCCGCCUCCGCCGGGUCAUCAGCAGUACCACCACCAUCAUCACCACCACCAUCACCACCAUCAUCAGAUGGGAGUCGUACAUCCGGGACUGGCGGUACAGCAAACGCACCUGCAGGCGUCCACCUAUCAGGACUGGUCUCCGUGGGCACAGGACACCUGCGACUGAACAACCUUAACCCUCGUUGAACCUCGAGGCAGGCCGUCUCCCGGCUGAACGAAUCCUCUCCUGGCUCGGGCGCCACCGCCGUUCACUUCUCCAACGUUUCUUCCGUUCCAUCUCCAAGGAUAAAAAGAGAUUGUUCUUGACGAUCUUUCAUCACGUGGAAAAAUUGGAAUCGUGAACUCCUUCUUCGGUUGUUAGCCGGUUCGCGAGAAACUGUUUUCUCUCUGUGAGGUUGGAACGAAACGUUUGUGACUCGCCUUGUGGACAACGCGAACCUUGUGUGCAAGAGGAGACGAAGGGCCGAGCCUGGAAAUAGCCUGGUGAACGAGAUUCUCGUUCCGAUUGUGACCGAAGAACUCCGUUAAAGAGAGAGAGAGAGAGAAAAAUACGUUUCUUGUUCGUAUUUCAACGUGUCCCCGACCGAUCGAACGCGUCUUCGAUUCGGUGUUCCGCCGCGCGCCAUGGCCGCAUCCGCGCGAUUCGAUCCCCUCGAGGACGAUCGAGACUAUCGAUAACCGUGUUCUCGGAUAGUGCGCGUGGCCACCGCGUGGAGCCGCUGUACGCAUCUUUCUCAACUGGUCUCCCUUCCCUAAUCGAUAAUCUUUGCUCAAUCACGGAAAAUCGAGGGUAAUUGGAAAAAGAAGCGUGUUUGAAUGCGUUUUGGGCCGCGUGCAUCGUCGCUGACAACAACAACGACGACGACGACGACGACGAUGACGACGACGACGAUGAGACGCCAGCUUUUCUUUCAGUCUCGUUCAAUGUUUUUCGAUGCUCGUCCGUUCGUUUAAUCGAAUCCGCAAUCCUGUUAAUCGCACGUCAGGUAACCAGCAAUCACUUUCGCGCUCGUGUUUCACCGCCUUUCCUCUGGUAAACGCGACUGCAUCUGCGUUCGAUGCCCUCCCUCUUCACUCCGCCCCUCGUCACAGUGGUUUAUUCAACACUGGCGCUUUGUAAUGGUUUCGUACGGUUGAGAUUUUGUAAGCGUGAAAUGUUUCGCGGUUUAAUGACAAGAAAUUUUGAAACAAAUUUUGCCGUUUUUCUUUUUUUUUUUUUUUUAGUUUUUCAUUACGAAGAUUAUGUAAACAUUCGAUUAUGUAAUGUUUUUUUAUUUAGUUUUAUCUUAUUCUUAACAACUUGAUUAAUAUUUUUGUUUUAUAUAUUUGAGAUUUCGAGAUUUUAAUCGUGGAAGGAAUAGUUCUUUUUUGUUUCGAUCAAAUUUGUCGAAAUGCUUGGUUGUUAUUAUUUUUUUUAUUAAGUGAGUUUUUCUUUAGUUUUUUAUUUCUUCUUUUCUAUAUUUUUAUUUAUUUUUACUUUUUUAUUGUUUUUCAUUUGUUUAAGUUGACGAAGAGACCAAGAUUUGACAAAGGGAUUUAAAGAUUUAAAAUAAACGAAACUAAGAAGAAGCCAAUAUAAUUGAAAAUGAUUAUUUAUCUAUCGAUUAUAAUAGAACCUCCAUUAUUCGAAUUAAUAAGGAGAAUAAACUUUCAAAUAAAGAAAUAUUCGGAUAAUGGAACAUAGAUUUUUCUUAGACGAAUUAUUUUGGGGAAAAUAAUACGCUUAUUUACAACAAAAUUGAGAUGACAGCGUGGAAAAAAAAGUAUCUAUUAUAAAAAUUAGGGAAUUCGUACUUUUUUAGCUGUCAAAUUGCACAAAUCUUUUAAUAUAAAUACAAAGAAAUGUGCAAAGAAAUGUGCAUCUCGCAAAUAAAUUUACAUUUUUUUUCUUUUUUUAAUAUCAAUGGAUUUUCCAAUGUAAUAACGUAGGUACUUUUGUUAAUUUUAUAGUAACUCUCUUCGUUUUCUAAUUUUCCAAGUAUUUUUUCCCUUUCAAUACUAAGUACAUAUUUAUGUUUCAAUAUUAUUAUUGUACACUGUGUAAAUUCGUCCAAUUUCAAAUUAAAUUAAAUUUUGCAAACGCGAAUAUAGAUAGCAUACAAUUCGGUUAGUAGAAUGAAUAUUAGAAUAUUCGAAUAAUGAAGGUUCCAUUAUAAUAAUUUUACUUUAUCGUCCAAGAAUUAAAUUUUAAUAAUUACUCCGAGAAAUAAUUGUUCCGUUUCCAAACACUCGAUUCUUUUUACCUCCUUUUUUUUUUUUUAUAUAUAUU